AACAUGCACUGUGUGUGCCCCGAGGACCGAGUUUGAGAACCUCUGUCCUAGUUUAUAUAACGCACAGGCAUCUCUCUGGUUUAGGUAGGAACCUUUGUUUAAGGUUUGCUUUUCCUCAUCGGAAGGAUCUUAUUGUUGCACUGUUUCUCUCAGGGGGCACCAGGCCGCAUCGUUCCCUAGCAACGGAACUUUCCCAGCGGUAGGGACCAGCACCUGUCCGCCCGCUCAUGAUGCCCAAAGCGGGACAGACGUAGCAGUAGAUCCCCGGCCAGUGGUCGGCAUGGCUGUGGACGCCUCCCUAGAAGAGUUCCGCAGCCGCUGGAGGGCAGAGAUCCGCGGGGAUCCCGCCGCCCCGGUCACCCCUCCGACUCCUAAACGCAGGAGGUCCGGUCCCAGUCCGGAGCCCGCACCGUCGCCAUGCAAGGAAGGAGAGGCCUGGCACUGUAUUCCCGGCUCGCCGUCUGCGAAUACCGGGGGGGAGGGGAGUCGCUGCCUGGAACUCGCAGAGCGGCUGCUGGAGGACAAACCACCGAGUGUGGCAGCGGUAACAGAGCGGCCGCCAUCUCCGAGAGCAGCCCCCAGCCUGGUGGAGCAGCUGAUCCAUGACCUGAAUGAAAUAAAUGAAAUACCGUUCUUUGAUAUCCAACUGCCGUAUGAAAUUGCCAUCAAAAUCUUUCAGUACUUGGGCAGGAUAGAGCUUGGAAGAUGUGCACAGGUGAGCAAGGCAUGGAAGGUUCUUGCUGAAGAUGAGCUUUUGUGGUAUCAUGUGUGCCAAAUGGAAGGGUACCUGACUGACAGUGAAGUUACGUCAUGCUUGUCUUGGAAGGAAGCUAUGAAAGAAAGAUGCACUCAGGAGAGCAUGCUGAGGACAAACUGGAAGAACCGCAUUGGCGCUGUUACCCAGCUGCAUUAUGAACUGGGAAAGGUGCUUUGUGAUGUGCAUGCAUCUGAUGGCGUGGUCCUAGCUGGGUACACUUCUGGAGAUGUACGUCUGUGGGACACACGAGCAAUAGGUCUUGCUGAAUCUUUUCUAAAUCCUACCCAUGUGGCUGAUGAUUCUGGACAAAGCCACCAAGUUUCAUUUGUACGGAUAAACAAGUCCUUGGCUGUGGCUGCAUAUGAGGAUGGUACUAUUGAUGUUUGGAGUCUUCUGCUUGAUCGGGAACCUAUCCAUCAUUAUCAGCACAACCAAAAAAUCCAGGCACUAGCUCUGUGCCCAGAAACCGCUGCUAUAGCAACAGCAUCUAGUUUCCAAAUCAAAGUGGAAAGCCCUAAUGAUAAAGGGUACUGGCGCAGUCGCUGCAUUUUCCAGACUCAGAAACUGGUAAAUUUUAUCCAUCUGAGUCAUGACUCUGAAGGAGGUCCUGUCACCAUAGCGGCUGCUGAAGAAAUAGUCUAUCUCUUAAAGCCAGAGGUGCCCGAAAAAAUACUGCACUCCACAUAUGGUCAGCCAGUCACCUGUUUGGAUGUCUCAUUUAAUCAGGCAACAUUUGGAGUCAAAAGCUACGGCUGGUUCACCAAUAAUGGCAAUAAGAUCUAUGUAUACAACCUGCAAACUGGUCAGUGCAUCACAACGUUGGGUAACUCCACAGGAGACUUUACAUGUAUCAACCUAAAAGACAGCCCUCCUCAUCUUUUGGUUACUGGAAACCGGGACAGAAGGGUGCGUGUGUAUGAUAUGCGAUGCAGCAAAUCUCUCUGUUCCUUGUAUGCCCACAACUUGGGAGUCUCGGCCGUGCGCAUGGAUGACUGGAAGGUGGUUUCUGGAGGAGAGGAGGGUCUGAUCUGUACUUGGGAUCAGAGAAUGGGUACCAAAUUAUGGGAGAUGCAUGCAAGACACCCUGUCCGCUACAUCUGGUUUAAUUCCCAAAGCUUGAUCACUGCAAACAUUCCUGAUGAGAAGAGUCCCCGCGGAGCCAGCAUCAUGGACGAUGACCUCACUGCUCACCGCAGGCAUCGUGGCACGAUUAAUGUUUACGAGUUCUCCGUGGAUCAGAGGUCUGUUGAAAGCAUCCUUCCAAUUUGUCGUUCCUCUUAUAGCGAAAUGACUGGAUACAAUUAUAAUAUUGGCUUGGCAGUUCCCUAUGACCUUGUGUGAAAGUAACAUGAACAGCUAUUUUUGUCUCAGGAAAACACUGGAUAGACCUCUCAUCACAGCCAAAGAUAAGGACUGCCAUUACAGACUACAGGCACAGAAUUUGCUAAUAUUAACAGUAUUGAUGGGCCAUCUGCUUUUAUUACACGUCGUCCGUUCUUUCACAGACCACAUUGAAGCACAAGACAUCUAAGAAAAAUACUUUAAUAGUUUUUAAAAUGGAUUAUCCUUGGGAUGAACUAUUUGAAACAAUUUGACUCUUGUGAGUCUGUCUACCCAUUGUAGAAGAUGAUUCAUAGCUAAAGUAUGCCAAUGGACAAUGAAUUCUUCCUACUGCCACAUGCCAAAAUACCAUCAUGUUUAAAGGUUGGCAAGAACAUUUAGAUCAUCAUUUGCUUAGUUUUUUUUAUCAACUGUUAAAUUGUUAAGACUGAUCUAAGGCCAGAUCAGUAGUGGAUUAAACAGUUUUAAGUAUAUUGAAA